ACAAGAUCCGCAAAUGGAAUUCGAAAUUUAUGAAUGCAUUCACUUGUGCGGAACGAGAGUAAAAGUUGAGUCAAGACCACCAAACCCCACUCAGUGAAGAAAGAACACUUCGCACCAGUACACGGGCAAGCAAUAAUUUCUCCUCGGUGAACCACAAACAUCCUCUAAUUCAAACGAACAUCUUUCUUAUCGUCAAAACACCCACCUUUCUUCUGCCUCCCCCGCUGCGAUAGCCAUCAAAAUGCUCCGCCGGCGUCUUAUACUCUUCCUCCUCCCAGUCUCAGCCCUCUCAUUAAACACCACAUGUCCCUACGAAAUCCCCUACGCCGCCCGGAUGAUUCCAUCAGUUUGCUACGCCAAUUCCACCUCCUACCCAUCCGCCACCAGCUGCUGCUGGUACGUCUUCGCCGCCUACAUCUACGCCGCCAUUCGCUACUCCAACCUCACCGGCGCAGCCUUCCUGCCCCCUUCAACCGCCUCCUCCUGCUCCUCCAGUUUCUCCUCCUACCUCCUCCGUGAAGGCCUCGCUGGCCCCUCUCUUCUCGCCAGCUCCUCCUGCAACCUCGACGGCGACCCCGUCCGCCUCGCCGCCGGCAACCGCCCCUGCCAAUUUCCCACCGUCUCCCUCAUCCGAUCCUCCACAGAUCUCUCCCCCGCCGACAUGCUCUGUUCCUCCCCUCCCCUCAAUCCCGACUCCCACCCACUCCUCUGUUCUCAAUGUCAGACUGCCGUCAUCAACUCGACUUUCUCUCUCCUCAACGUCACCAACAGCGAGCAGAUCGUCCCCUGCGGCAUGGCCACCACCAUCGCUAUCUGGUCACCUCACAAUCCCUCUCUCCCCCGUUUCCGGUCUUUCGCAUUCUGUAUGCUCCAGAUCCUCCAAAACAUUGGCAACUUAGGCACCGGUAACAUCCUUCCUUCCCCUCCUGCACCUCCUCCUCCUCCUCAUCCAAUAACCUCGUCUAGCAUCUCCGGCUCCCGACACGCCAAAAUCGUCGCCGGAUCCUCUGCCGCUGGCGUUACCUUCUUCAUCUUCAUCGUCGCGUUCCUAUUUCUCCUUUUCCGGAGAAAAAACAAAACUUUUGAUGGGGAACUCGCCGCUCCCAGCGAAAUCAUCUCCCCUGUUCUACCCAGAGAGGGUCUGUACAUAUUCACCAAGGCGGAGCUGCAGCAAGCGACUAAUGGGUACGAUGACCGGCUCCUCCUUGGAAAGGGUGGCGCCGGAAAGGUUUACUUAGGUAAGCUCCCUUCCGGCCAGCAGGUGGCAAUUAAACGCAUCUACCGCGAGAAAAAGCUCUGCGAAUUCUACCGCGAGGUCGAGGUGCUCGCCAUGCUCCGGCACCGGUACCUCACGACUCUCGUGGGAUACUACCAAGGGGAGCGCUACGAACAUGCGCUAGUAUACGAGUACCUGGCCGGCGGCAACCUCGCCGGAGCUCUGGCCAAUGGAAUCGGACUAACUUGGCGGCAGCGCCUCCGUAUAGCGGUGGAGGUAGCCGAGGGGCUCGUCUAUCUCCACAUGUUUCCAGAGGGCGCGGUGGUUCACCGCGACGUGAAGCCGACCAAUAUAUUAUUAACGGAAGGCGGCGCCGUUGCAAAGCUGUCGGAUUUCGGUGUGUCGAAGAUGUUGCCGCAGGAGGGGAGCCAUGUGUCGACGGAAGUGAAGGGGACGAUGGGGUAUAUGGAUCCGGAGAGCUUCUCCGUAGGCCAUGUAUCGGAGGCCGCCGAUGUGUACAGCUUCGGCGUCGUGCUUCUGGAGCUCGUCACCGGGCUGAAUGCUAUUGUCCACACGCCGUCUGGUGGUGCGGAGUCCAUCGUUCAUGCUUCUCGCGAUGCGGAUGCGGACGGAGAUGUGGAGUCGAUCGUCGAUCAACGGUUUGGUUCGUCGUGGGAUCAGACGACGGUGAGGGCGGCGUUCGAGCUCGCUCGGCGCUGCGUGAGGCAGUACAAGAAGGAUCGGCCGGCGAUGGGGGAAGUGCUGGGCGAACUCAGAGGUUUGCUUGCUGACCUCGAUGCGAGGGGAGGUGAUGGAAGCAUCGUGGAGUGCUUGUCGGCAGACAAGUCGCCGACUGGUCUUUCGGGGACGACGACUUCGGAGGAGCCGGUGUGGGUGUCGGAGGGGAGUACGGAUCAGGACAAGGUAUAUAAUUAAAGAAAAAACAAAGGGAGAUCAGGGGCUUUAGAUGCCAAAUUAUUAGGGAGGAAGGGAUGAGAUGAUUAUUUUUUGUUUUUAAAAUUAAUUUUGGUUUAUUGAUGGCUAAAAUAGUUGUGAUGAUGGAGAAGUGUAUGUCAAUAUUAAAUUUGAAUUUUUUUUUGGAAAUUUACAUG